AUGUGGGCUGUUGUCCAUUUUUCUUUUGACAACUCUGUCGAACCAGUGCCAUCAUAUUGGUUAAGUAAAGAUAGCCGUUUAUGUGCUUGGCCAAAUAAUGAUAAUCUAGCCAAAAAAAUGAGAGUCAACAGAACAGCACCCAAUAAAUUAGAAUUCACAUAUUAUAAAUGUAGAGUUAUAUCUAAAAAUAUUGAAUCGUUGGUUGAUGCUCAACUUAAAGCUGAUAAAGCACAAUACACAUCAGAUGUUUCUGACUUUGAUAAACGUAAAAAAAAAGGUAAAAAAAAGUAUUCAUCAGUUAAUAAAUUUGCUCCUGAAAAUUCUCUCAAAAAAAAUGAUGUUUUUAAUGAAAUGAAUGAAUCCCAUUCAUCAGAAGUCUCAUCAGUACUUGAUGAUUGUGAUGACGAUUAUUUAGAUAAAGAUUAUUUGCCUGCAAAUCAGCAAAAUAUUACUCAUGAUGAAAAUGAACUUAUGGUUGAUAGUGACUUACAUUUUGAGUUUGAUGAUAAGUUGAUUGGCUUAACAAAUGAAGAAUAUGACUGUAUUGAUUUACAAGAAGCUACAAAUAAAAAAUUAACAUACAAGCAGGAUACAGCAAAAAAGAUAAAAUUGUUGGAUAAAAAGGAAUUAGAACACAAUAGUUGUGCUUAUUUGAAUACUCCAAAAAAUAUGCUACCACAAUCAAACACCACGUCUGCUGUUAGUCCAAGUCCAACUUCUGCAAAUACUGCAGGUUUUCAAAAAUUAGCUCUUAAUUAUUUAGCUUCUUUAAAAAUUGAAAUGACUAAAAUCGCUGAUACUCAACAAGAAAUUCUUACAUUUAUUCAAACAAACAAUGUGGUAAAUAAUACAUUUCAAUGUCCAGGAGAUAUGCAAAUGGAUCAUGAAGUUGAUUAUUUUAUAUCCAAUUGGCCUUUAUCUGACAUGGAUAAUUUGUUAAGUAUGGAACAAAAGAUAAAAUCUGACCAAAACUUCAGAAAACAAGUUGUAUGUGAACUAUCCAGAAUUGGUGGCAAAUCACUUCAAAAUAUGAUAUACAAAAUCAUGAAACGGGUAUUUAAAGAUGGCAUAUUAAUACAAUACACAUAUUAUGGAUUAAGAAAUAAAGAGAACUUUUCAUUAUUAGCCAUCAACAGAGCAAUAUUUGAUGCAAUAAAGAGAUCAAAAUUCAAAAAUGUAUCUGAUGAUGAAAUUAUAACAACAAUUGGAAAAUGGUUGACAAGUGCCAAGAGCCGUUUGAAUAAAAAUAAUGUAUUACAAAUUUAA